UUUUUGUGUGUGUGCAUGAGAGAAGAGAGAGGGAGAGAGGAGAAGAAGAGAGAAGUCAGGACUGGAGGUUUCUUCUGUGGAGGCAGAUUUCACCGGUGUCCUCUCCGCUCGCAGAUCAGCCCUUUGUCUGGGAUAUGUUUUCUUAGGAACUGCCAGGAGACGACGACUUGGAUCGAGAAUCCCUGCGAAUAGUCCUUUAACUCCGGGAGACAAGGGAGAGAGCAUGCUUUUUCUUUUCGUAUGGAUAUUUACGCUGCCCAGCACACUUUGUCAAGCCCUGCAGCCUCGCUUCCUCCAGGAGCCUAAUGACCAGACGGUGGUAGCCGGGCAGAGGGUAGUCCUAACAUGUGUGGUGCUCAAUUACUCGGGGAUUGUACAGUGGACCAAAGACGGACUGGCGCUCGGUCUGGGCAAUCUAAAGAUCUGGCCGCGCUAUCAAAUCGUUGGAAACCCGGACGCGGGGCAGUACAACCUGGAAAUUACCCACGCAGGCAUUGACGAUGAUGCCAAUUUCGAAUGCCAAGCCACCGAAGCUGCCCUGAGAUCCAAAGGAGCUAAACUGAACGUGUUAAUUCCUCCAGAUGACCCUAUUAUAGAGAACGGCUCAAAGGAAAUCCUUCUAAGAGCUGGGACGCCAACUAACCUCACCUGCCGGGCUGAAAAUGCCAAGCCUGCAGCCUCUAUAGAAUGGUUCAGAGACGGGAAUCCACAGGAAGGUGCAGUCACAAGCACGAUGGUUCUGUCGGAUGGAAAACGCGAGACCACAACGAGCUACCUACUAAUCGUCCCUACAGACCAAGACAUUGGAAGAGUCUUCACCUGUAAGACGUCCAAUGACGCCAUUCCAACCGGAAAGGAGACCUCCGUCAAGCUGGACGUUCACCAUCCGCCCACUGUCACUCUGUCCAUCCACCCCCAAACAGUGCUAGAGGGUGAACGGGUGCGAUUUACCUGCAUGGCCACCGCUAACCCAGCUAUUAAAGGCUACAGGUGGGCCAAAGGGGGCGUCAUCAUCGAAGCGGCCAGGGAUAGUUCGUACGAGACGCAGGUGGAUUACACUUUUUUCACUGAGCCGGUCUCGUGUGAAGUGCACAACGAGGUCGGAAGCACGAACGUCAGCACUCUGGUGGAUGUGCAGUUUGCCCCCAGAAUCGUUGUUGACCCCAAGCCUGCCAUUACGGACAUGGGCUCCGACGUGACCCUGACCUGCAUCUGGACUGGAAAUCCUCCCCUUACUCUGACGUGGACCAAGAAAGGAUCAAAUAUGGUUUUAAGCAACAGUAACCAACUAUUUCUGAAGUCUGUGAGCCAGGAAGAUGCAGGAAAGUACGUAUGCAAAGCCAUCGUACCCCGUAUCGGAGUAGGGGAGAGGGAGGUGACACUGUUCGUGAAUGGUCCUCCGAUAAUCACCAGCGAGGGAGAACAGUACGCGGUGCGAGGAGGAGUGGGGAAGGUUGAGUGUUUUAUUGGAAGCACCCCGCCUCCGGAUCGGAUUGUCUGGGCCUGGAAAGAGAAAAACUUAGAGACUGGAACUAUGGAUAGAUAUACCGUGGAACAGACAAAAACAGAAAGUGGCGUACAGUCCACCCUCACUAUCAACAAGGUCAUGGACAUAGACUUUGAGACCAGCUACAACUGUACAGCAUGGAACAGCUUUGGCUCGGGAGCAGCCAUCAUUAAGCUUGUAGAGAAAGAAGUGGUACCAGUAGGGACCAUUGCCGGGGCAACUAUCGGAGCUGGGAUUCUGGUCAUCAUCUUCUUUGUCUUCUUCAUUUUCUUCCUGUAUCGACGUCGUAAAGGCAGCCGCAAGGAUGUCACACUAAGGAAGCUCGAUAUCAAAGUAGAGACAGUCAAUCGGGAACCUUUAACCAUGCACCCUGACAGGGAGGAGGACACAUCUAGUGUUUCUACUGCAACGCGUGUCAUGAAAGCCAUCUAUUCGUCUUUUAAGGAUGAUGUGGACCUGAAGCAAGACCUACGCUGUGACACCAUUGACAGGGAAGAGUAUGAACUCAAGGAUCCAACCAAUGGGUAUUACAACGUCCGGGCUCACGACGACAGGCCGAACUCCCGAACUGUGUUGUAUCCAGAUUACCGUAAUCCUGGACCAGCACGUUUUGAUGCUCGCCCUUCAUCUCGCCUCUCUCACUCCAGUGGUUAUGCACAACUGAACACUUAUAGUCGGGCAGCUACUUCAGAUUAUAGUACAGACCCAACACCCACAGUAACCCCUGCAACAACAGAUACCACCAGUCAACUUUCGUACGAUAACUAUGAAAAAUUUGGGACACAUGGGUUUUCACCAAACUCUGGCUACCCAACAUACCGACUUGGUUAUACUCAGCCAACCACAACAGGUAUGGAUCGGGGACCAUAUGAUACUUUUGAUCCAGUCGGGAAGUUCACUGGCGCCACCCGGUUCUCAUACACUUCCCAACAUUCCGACUAUGGACAGAGAUUUCAACAAAGAAUGCAGACGCAUGUCUGAAGAGUGUAAACUGGUGGGCAUAAGAGGAAAAAAACCAGAGAAGAUGACACUACGUCACUAAAUCUUCUGUAACGUACCAUCUAAAGGCAAGAAAAGACUUCAAAAGGAGAAGCAACCUCUUACCAUGUCUUCUGAUACUCAGGGACCUUAAUGUCUUGAUCUCAGAAGUCCCCAAGAAAACAAUGUUGCCCGACCAGCAAAGCCUUGACACUUUGACAUGGAAAAAGAUGCCAAACAGAAGGCAGGCCUUUUAGUACCUGAUCAUUCCUUGAAUAACACAUGUUUUUUUGCCAUCUGGUGUAUGGCAUGACUUUACAAGUCAACUUGGUACCAGUGAAGCUUUUCUUUUCACUUUGAUGAGACCCUAUACUCUUUCGGGCCACAUGUCUGCUUUUCUCACUUUCUUCAUUAGCCACUGAAAAUCUGGUCUUACCAUAGCAGGGUCUUUUUGUAGAUAUACAUUCCAACUUCUAGAAGAUGAGGCAGCAUGAGUUACACAGUUAUGUAGUUCAUAUGAUAUAUAUGUAUGGUCCUAUCUGCUUUCAUGACAGGCUUUAUAAUCUCGACAGCUAUAUUUGGAUAGCUACUGUUGGAAAGCGAUGAAAGAAUGAGUCGGACAAUCAAAAAAAAAUGGGAAUUUUGAUUUGCAUCUUUAUAUGUUGUUUUAUGAACUCCACUUAUGGAGAACUUUUAGCUAUUGUACUGCUUAGUCCAGCUCUUAGAAGGUACUGGUACUCCUUCAGGAGAUCGAGAUGGUGUAGGGAGUCCAACCAGAAGAGCUAAUUUGCUGCUUUCUUUCAACACGAUCUAUAAUUCCCAACAACCUCUGAGCCAUUAUACAUUUUAUAUAUAUUUUAAUACGAUUUCUUUAAUUACUGAGCACUUCUAGGUGAAGAUUAUUCCAUCCAUGUGCAUAUUGUACAUGUACUUUACACAAAGUCAACAGCAUUCCAGCUUACAAGUAUUCGACCCUUCCAUCCUUGCUUACAUUAAUUUCCAUUUGUAACUACAGCUUGAUUUUUUCAAGUGGCUUCAGUAUGCAAUAAGUAACAGCCAGUGUGGCAUUUGUGAAACUCCAGCACUGCUCUUUGGCUGAGAAAAAAAAAUAAUACUCAGGGAUGAAUGGUCCAAUAUUUUGCUUAAAUAGGCGGUCGGUUUUACAAAGCAGUAUUAGGUCUCGUGGUUCAGGUGGUACAUGAAAAUCCAAAAGAUUGCUUAAUAGAUAUGGUCAUUAGUAAUGGAGGCCACUCAUAUGGGAGUAAGAUACUGAAGUCAAACAAGCAAAGUUAGGUCAUAUACAGGUUAAGUGGGCCAUAUAUCUUAUAUUUAUGACAUAUGUUAGCACAACAGUGGAAAAACUGACUACAAAACCAAUCUUUCAUAGUCAGAAUCGCACAAGGGUCAAAUACAUCAUAGCAGAAUUUAGAUCCACAGAAAACAAAUUCAUCUGUACACGUUGGUGCUUGGUCCAAGUCUUGUAAUGGUAAAGCAAUACUUUCAAACGGAAUAAAAGAAACCCGUUUUACAGGUUUGGCCGAGUGUGAAUAAAUGUGAGAGGGGAAUAAGACACCCUUAGAAAUCAAACAUGCCUAACCCUUAUUAUCCCCAACACUUGCCAUUGGGGGACUAGCGACCCAGAACUGACAAGUUCAGGUAACAUUCCUCUAAUGUAUAAUAUGGCCACCUUAAGACAUGGAGGUGAAAUAAUGCUUAUAUAGUUUUUAGUCCAUUUCCAAUCAUUUUUAAAUGUUGUCUUAAAGUACUUAGCCCUUGCUUGCUUCUUUAGGUUACACCUAAUGUUUACCAGGCAAAUGAGGGCAUUCUUCUUGGCAUUCGAUAUGGUUUCGACCACUUUUUUUUUCUUCCUGUGCCUUGACACAUUAUUGUUAAGGGUUGGUAUUUUUUAGGAAAAAAAAGUUUUAAAAAAGGAACAAAAAAAAAAACACCUGUAUUUGCUAAGACCUGUAAAUGCAUGGUACUUCAUAUUUAUUCAUAAUCAUUAUGUCUGUGAAAGAUCUCAAUCAUCCAGAUCAUGGUCUGUCAGCAGUAAUAAGUCAGAGCAACUGGACGUGUUACAAUUUAAGAUGUCUCACUAGCUAUUCCAACUGGCUUUCCCAAUUAAAAAAUCUCCGGCAUUAAAUACUGGUGUCUCAUGCUUCAGAGCAUAAUCUGUUCAUCAUAAUCAACAUGUAGUCAAACAUCUCAUGAAGGUAAGAUGUUGUAACUGAAGCUAUUCGGCGGGAUUAAACUGCCUCGGGAGAGAUGCGGUUACAAUGCUGUCCUAACUCCUCUCGAGGCAGUUAUAUCACACCUCAUAGCUUCAGCCAUGCAGACUGCAAUCAACAUCUUACCUCCAGGAGAUCCUUCACCUUAUGUUGAUUAUGAUAAACAUGUGGAUUAUGCUGACUGAAGCGUGGGUCACCAGUAUUUAAAGCUGUAAGAGUCAUUCUUACUGACCUAUUACUACUGACAAUCAUUAUAAGAAAGCAGUACGAGUCAGUGUUUCAUACGGAGUUAUCCCUUCCCCGCAUUUAUAUCUAAAACACAAUGACAUAAUUAUACAAUUAUUUUUUAAAAAUCAAGAAUAAUAAAUUGGCCUUUCUAAAAUAAAUAUCAACAGGCAGCACUUGCAUUGAGCAUAGAGUUAAAGGGGUUGUCUGGGUUCAAAGUUGAACCCCGACAUACCCAUAUUUUCACCCAGGCAGCCCCUGAUUUCAUGCUCUGAUGCUCUCCCUUGCCCUGCGCAGGAUAGCGCAGGGCAAGGGCUUUUUUUAUUUACAAAAACACACUGCUGGGCGGAGGCUCCCACCCAGCAGUGUAUUCGGUGACGUCACCGGCUCUGAUAGGCUGGCUUUACCGCUGCCCUAGCCGGUUUACGACGUCACCGGGCCCACUGCUGGGCGGAAGCCUCUGCCUGGCAGCCCUAAGGAGAGCUAGGUACGUCACCGGAUCUCCUGAAAAUGCUUUUUCCCUGCGCAAUUCAGCGCAGGGCAAAAGAGAGCAUAAGCUCCUAUGCUCUUGUCAGGGGGGGCAGUCUGGGUGAAAAUAUGAAUAUGUCCGGGUUCAUCUCUGAACCUGGACAUCCCUUAAAAGGGACUUAUCAAUGACCUCAACAAAACAGUGGGUAACUUAAUGAUUGGGUACGGUGACAAUGGGCUGAAUUUUCCUUUCAAUAAUUUUUUGAAAAAUACCAGUAUUUUAUGGUACAGUUACAUAAAAUGAUGCUGCUUUAGCCUUUACAAAACCUCUGUGUACAUUACUAUUACCUUUUAUGUUUUGCCAAAGCAACCCAAGAUACAUUGCUUAACCAAUGCAAAUUUACAAAUUUCCACCAUUUACAAAUGUAUGCAAAAUUUAAUUUUCACUUAAACGUUUGUUAAUCCCCCUUCACCCCCCCCCCCCCCCAACAUUUAUUCUUGGAAAUGGUUAAGUAUCUAUGUAUCGAUUUCUUUAAAAAAACUGUAUAUAUAAUUUUUUUUUUUUUUUACAAUUUCAACCAAAUGUAUCUUUUGUACGAAAUCUGUUCUUUUUGCAAACAGAUCCUCGUAGGCAAUCAUUUUUGUACAGUACGUGUGUAAAUAUACAUAUAUAUUUUUUAUAUAUCUUGUAAAAGCGAGAAGCAUACACGAGUGACAUUAUCAGUAUUAUAUUUUAUUAUUUUCUUCUUUUUAUCCGCACACUUGUUGACGUUUCUUGAGAUACUUCUUUGUCAAGAAGAUUUUUUUUUUCCUUUUCAUUUGCUGUAUUGAGAUACGUUUUCUCCAUUACUCCGACGUAAUUCAAUUUAAGACAAUACAAUCUCAUUUCGAUAUUCUGUGUCACUGGUUGUUCUGAUAUUUUAUCAUUUUCAUCUUGAACAUCUUUGGGAUAUUUAAAGGGAAAGCCACAAAUAAUGUACAGAAUUAUAUACAGUAAAAUUCCUUUACUUUGGUUCCAUUCGUUUCCAUUCCAACAGUCACUUAAGGGGUCCUUAGACUUAACAAAAAAAACACCUUUUAUAUGUCAUAGCGACAAAUUAAAUUCUCUACAUAUGUGAGUGGUUACCUUGAGUAAAGAAACCUGAACGUGUCCCUCCAAGUAAUACAUGGUGUAUGUGAGAUCGGUGUGUCAAGGAUGCUGCUGCCUUCUCUAGCUCUCAUAUACCAGCUUCAUUCUUGGACUCAUUUUUCCUUCUCUAGCUCAUGAGGAAAGUCUUACUCCUUGUACUGUCAGUCACUGAUGCGGAGGAGUGUGCGAUUCUCCUCUAUACCCCUGCAGGGUGGGUGCUCUUUUUUCUCUAUAUAUUUUGCACACAAUCUAAAUGACUGUCAACUUGUGUGUUCUUUCCACCCUUAUCACACUCUCAUCUGCCAUGUACAACCUCCCUUUCCUCCCUGCUGCUAUCUCUAUCACUAAGAGAAGGGAGGGGGAGAGUAGAGAGAGUUCUCAAAAACAGGAGCAGAGCAUUUUUUGUUUCAUUGGGCUGCAAUCCCACUGGAUGAUCUUCCUAUUUAAGAGGUUUUUUUUUAUAUCCUGUUACACAAAUAAAGGAAUUUUACUGUACAUAUAUUCACAAUAAGGUGAUCUGCAUUGUAUUAUUAUUGCAAUUUCUAGUGGGAGAAAAAUAAAAAUGUGUUAAAGAAAAACCAGUACGUCACACAAUACAAGCACCUCCCCCCCUAUGGUAAUCACCUAUGUAACACUCUGAUGCUCUGAUUAAUAAUAAAAGAUUGCUACACGCAAUGUUUUUUAUCUUC